AUGGGAGCCAAGGAGAUUCGCGGUCUCUGCUCGCUAUUUCAGUCCCUCCACAUAGAUCAUGACAAGAACCAGCUGCGAUUGAUAGUCAAGCUCACGCGCAUCUUGCGCACUACCAAAAUCAACAAGAUUCGACAAUUCAAAAAGCUUUUCGACUCAGAGAAAGUCAAAGACGAUGACGAAAACGUGAUGUUGGCCGAGGUGGACCGUUCCAAGGAGACGACAUCAAACGAUACCUCCAACUGUCGCGAUAUCGUAUGUUAG